AUGGUGGUUCGCGUGACGAGCGCCGACGAGGUAUACAUCGAAGUCGUCAGGGUCGAAAAAGAGUUCCAAGCUGCCCUCGACUUGUGGAAGAAGGAUGCCGAUGCCAUAAACGAGUUCUUCUCUGAGCGACUGGGUGCCGGUCAACUCGAGCUAUCCGCGGACGCUGCGGCCGAGGCGGAGAAGGAGAAGUACGAAGCCGAAGUCAAGGCUGCAGAGGAGGAGGAGCGGGAAGCACCGCCAGCGCCAGAUCCCCAGGACCUGGUGGUCCUAGCGUCCGGAUCUUCGUCCUGGGUGGACAAAGCGAUUUUCACCGUGGGGGAGGCUUUGGAGGCGCGGCGGCCCAUCUUCAACUUCCUGCUGGCACCGGGCCCGGCGACGCAGGAGGCGCCUGCAGCGGACGAGGCCGCUGCGGCGGAGGAGGAGCAGGUCCUUAAAGGAGCAGGUGCCGGUGGCGAGCAGGCGCUCGCAAGGCUUCGUGCGGAAGCGGCACAGGGCCUGCCGGAGGGCUUUGGGUGUUUUCGCGCAGAUACAUGA